CCGCCUUCCGCCUCCUUUACGGCCGUAACCCAACUCUUUGUUUUGCCCUUAACAAACAUGGCGUCCGGGUUUGAAAGCGAGCGGAGCUUGGCGGCGCGGAAGGAAGAGCGGCGCCGCCAGCGCGAGGCGCUGCUGGAGCAGGCAAAAGCUGAUUAUGAAAAAAAAGAGAGAACAAAAGAGCUAAAGCGUCUCCGAGGGGAAGAUACGUGGAUGCUUUCUGAUGUGAAUGAUCGUUUAGAAGAAUUGAAAAAGGAACACUCUACUACAAAAAAGAAGAAAAAGGAGAAGCAUUCAAAAAACCAUAAAAAAGAAAAGAGGAAGAAGUAUAAAGUAGAAAAAACCAAUGACUCAUCUGAUAGCUCUUCUGAAUCUUCGGAGGAGUGGGUAGAGGCUACCAGUACAGGGCCUUCCAAUACAGAAAAGGCUUGGAAAGUAAAGAAGGAACAACCAGACACUGCAGAAAGUCCUGUGACAGUUCAGAGAGAUGAGUGGAUGACAUUAGAUUUUAUGUCUGUGAAAACAUUGUCUUCAGCAUCGCUGAAGGCUGAAAAGCAGAUGGAAAAGUUAUUGGAACAGGAGAAAGCUCAAGCACAUGAACAGUCUCUGAUUGCUGAAAGAGAGCUCAACCCAUACUGGAAAGAUGGCGGCACAGGUUUACCACCAGAAGAAGUAACACCAUCAGGAAAAGUGGCAGGAGUAGAAGAUGGUGGGUUAAGUUGGCUGAGAAAAUCUUACCAAAGAAUGAAGGAACAAUCUGAGAGGGAGAAACGGGAUUUGGAUGAAAUAGUAGCUGAAAGAUAUGGGUCAGUAGAGCUGUUUCGUUCAAGGUUAGAAGAAGCAGAGACAUCUGUAAUCCGAAAAGAAAAUGACUGGAAAAGAAGUUGGCAAAAAAGUAAAUAUCCAGGAAAGGAAUGUAGUAUGAGACAAAGGGAGGCAAAAGAGAAGCAAGAAGAAAGCAGUACAGAAAAGCAUUCAUAUAAGGAACAUAUUAAUGAGAGGCAUAAUGAAGACUAUUCUCAAGAAGAGAGACAUUCCAGGAGAGACAGACCAACAGAUGAUAGAGAGCCAAAGCAUAGUACUAAAGAAUCUACAGUGAGAGACUUUUCUUAUAGGACUGCAAGGGAUUUUAAUCCAAUAAAAAAUUAUGAGAAACCCUUUUUGAAACCUUUAAAAGCUAUGUUCUUAAAACCUAAUGAUGAUGGUGACCAAGAAGGCAAGCUGCAGAGUCGUUCAUCUCGAUUAGUUACUCCUAGUUCUAUGGGUUAUGGUUUCAGAAAACCUGGUGAUGAUGAUGAUGAUGCAAUUCCAAGAUGGCGUAAAGCACAACCAAAGGAAGACAUUGGAAAAGAAACUGUAGAUGAAAAAUCAUCUAGAAAUGAGACAUUUGUUAUUGGGGAGAAAGAUACAAGAGAGAAACACAAAGAGAUUCAGAAGGAUGCUUUGAAAAAAAAAGAGAUGUUGGACAGCAAAUUGUCAUAUUUGGGGCCUUUUUCAGAGGAUGAGAAACCCCAUAUUCUUAGUGAUGAAGAUAUGAACAAACUGGGUGCUAAAAUUGUGAAAGCAGAAUUGAUGGGAAACAAGGAUUUAGCUGCAAAACUUCAAGCUCAGCUUGACAAUGCACGCAAGCUGAAAAGCAGUGGAACACAGAUACAAGCUACAGAGUCUGCAAGGGAGACCACAGCCUUUCAAGAAGAUCAUGAAGUUGUCCUGGUUAGAACUGACAAAACUGGGAGAGCUUGGCCUGUUAAUACGUCACGAGACUCAUUCGAUUCUACAGGCAAAAGAAGGAAAAAGCAGAUGAUCAAUACUCAUGUCGACAAGGAAAGGGUUCGCUAUUUUCAAGACGACGAUAAUCUGAGCCUGAAGGAUUUGGUCAGAAAUGAAAAAAUGAGAACAGCAGAGGAUCAAAAUAAGCUUUUCAUGAGAAUGGCAUCAAAGUUUUCAGAUAAAACAGAUAGAGACUACUACACUCUGGAUGACAUGUUUGUUUCCAAAGCGGCAAAGGGUGAACAGAAUGAAGUGGAGGAGAGAAGGCAGAGGAGCCAAGCCAUCCGUGAGCAUCAGCAACUUGCUGCACGUAUGGAAAAGUGCCCUCACUGCUUCGGUAGCCUUGAGCUUCCAAAACAUCUGAUCAUUGCAAUCGGUAACAAGGUAUACUUAUCACUGCCAAACUACCAGUCCCUUACUGAAGGUCACUGCCUUAUAGCUCCUAUGCAGCACUAUACUGCAGCCACUCUUCUAGAUGAAGAUAUCUGGGAGGAAAUUCAGGUAUUCAGAAAAACUUUGGUAAAGAUGUUUGAAGCUGAGGAGCUGGACUGUGUCUUUCUUGAGACAAACUUAAGCAUAAAGAAGCGAUAUCACAUGGUAUAUGAAUGUAUCCCGCUUCCAAAGGAGGUCGGAGACAUGGCCCCCAUCUACUUCAAGAAAGCUAUAAUGGAGUCUGAUGAAGAAUGGUCCAUGAAUAAAAAACUGAUUGAUCUGUCUUCAAAAGAUGUCCGUAAAUCGGUUCCAAAAGGGUUGCCGUACUUCUCUGUGGACUUUGGCCUCCAAGGGGGCUUUGCUCAUGUCAUUGAAGAUCAACAAAAGUUCCCUCAUUAUUUUGGAAAGGAAAUAAUUGGUGGCAUGCUGGAUUUGGAGCCGAGGCUUUGGAGAAAAGGACUGCGAGAGAACUUUGAGGACCAGAGGAAGAAGGUGCUGCAUUUUGCUCAAAGAUGGAAACAGUUUGACUUCACCAAAAACAAAACAUGAAGAUAAAGAAACUACGCGGACAUUUACAGUAUCUGGAUUUCCCAGUAAACCAUCAGAGAAGCUCAUGUUAAAGCUUGUAUUAAAGAUGACGUGGAUGUUUUCUAUUUUUUGUGAACACUUUAAGAGGCACAAAAUAAAUAAAUAGGGGAAUUAGUUCUUUGAAACAACAGUAAGAAACCUAACUAUGAAUUAUGUUAAUUUCAGUAUCACAAUGUUGACAUGAGUGCUUGUUGGAAAAUUAGGACCUUAGUGAGAUUGAUGAGAAGUGUCUUUUGUAAUCUUUUCCUCCUGCCCUCUGUACUUAGUGUUUGCCAGUUACAUUCUAUUAAAUGCUAGUCUGUUUUUAUA